UUGCAUCAUUAUUAUGUAUUUAGGGAACCCGGCCCAUUGCUAAAUUGUGCCCUUUGCGACAACCAGGUGUUGAGCAAUGACAAUGCUAUUCAUACGCAUGUCAAUCAACAUGCAGAAGCUGGAGGAUUCUUUUGCAAAUUGUGCGGAGCCACGGAGACCGACAAGUACAGGAUCUAUGAACAUAUGCGAAUGAAACAUCCUAAUAACCUCGAACUGUUCGAAGAUCGUCGAGACAUUGUCAAGCUUUGCAACGUCAUCCAAGAAUGUUUUCCACGGGUUUGUCCUCGCGCCAAGAAAGACAUGGCUAAGGAUUUCGAUAGUCUGCUGAAGCUCAUCUGCGAUAAGAAACUGAACGAAGUCAAGUGUGAGAAGUGUGACGCGAACGUGAAAGCGACGAAAACGGCAAUGAUGAAACAUGCGCACAGCCAUCCAGUUUACAGGCAGAAGAUUGAAGAAAACUGA